AUGUUUUGCGUGGAGCGAUGCACGUUUGGUUGAGCUUUGAAUGAGGGGCCAUCAUCCCGGCGGCUCGGAGGUGGAAAACAGAGUUUAAAGUCUCCCUGCGUGCGAUUUAAAAUGAACAAGCAGGCUUUUCCGACGGGUGCCUGAGUGACCGUUCAGCGCCAUUUCGUCGUCUCCCCGUUGGGUUUCUUUAGAUGUGCUCCUCUCCACUGCCUACGUUUUGUGCUUCUCCUGUUCCCUCCUCAAGACCAAUGCCUUAGUUCUGAUUAAUCUUUACUGAGAAAUACACAUACACAUUCUGUUUACAGUUUAUUUAAUUCUCCAUAGGAACGGAGGCCAGUCACUUGUGUAAUUCUUCAGUCCAUCUCAUUUUUUUUUUUUUUUUUUUAAACUUUAAACCAGAUUAGAAGAGGCAUUCGAACACUUAUAGGUCUGCAUAAACGUAAAUAAGCCACCAUGUCCUCCAUCCUUCCCUUCACUCCCCCUGUCGUGAAACGCCUCCUGGGAUGGAAGAAGACUCCGGCAGGUAGCGGGGGAGCAGGAGGGGGAAUCGGAGGAGUUGGGGAGCAGAACGGAGGAGGGCAAGAGGAGAAAUGGUGCGAAAAAGCCGUAAAAAGCCUGGUGAAGAAGCUCAAGAAGACGGGACAACUGGAUGAGCUUGAGAAAGCCAUCAGCACGCAGAACAGCAACACAAAGUGUGUCACCAUACCCAGCAAUUGCUCAGACCUUUGGGGUCUAGGCUCAGGCCACACGAUAGAGCAGUGGGACUCUGCAGGCAUGUACGGAUACCCUGACCACAGCAGGUCGCUGGACGGGCGUCUUCAGGUGUCUCAUCGUAAGGGGCUGCCCCACGUCAUCUACUGCCGCCUGUGGAGAUGGCCUGACCUUCACAGCCACCAUGAGCUGAGGGCCAUUGACACCUGCCAGUAUGCAUUCAACCUCAAGAAGGAUGAAGUGUGCGUCAACCCCUACCAUUACCAGAGAGUGGAGACGCCAGUGCUGCCGCCGGUGUUGGUGCCACGUCACACAGAGAUCCUGACAGAGCUUCCACCUCUAGACGACUUCUCCAUCCCUGAAAACACCAACUUCCCUGCAGGCAUAGACCCUCCUAAUAACUAUAUACCAGACACUCCUCCUCCUGGCUACAUGAGUGAAGAUGGAGAAACCAGCGACCAGCAGAUGAAUCAAAGUAUGGAAUCAGGCUCACCAGCAGAAAUGUCACCAAGCACCCUCUCGCCUGUCAGUCAUGGCCUGGACCUUCAGCCUGUUACCUACAGCGAACCAGCUUUCUGGUGCUCUAUAGCCUACUAUGAGCUAAACCAGCGGGUCGGGGAGACGUUCCACGCCUCGCAGCCGUCUCUGACCGUUGACGGCUUCACCGACCCCUCCAACUCUGAACGCUUCUGUUUAGGGCUUCUCAGCAACGUCAACCGAAACGCGACUGUCGAAAUGACGAGGAGACAUAUAGGUCGUGGCGUGAGGUUGUAUUACAUAGGAGGGGAGGUGUUCGCCGAGUGCCUGAGCGACAGUGCCAUUUUUGUCCAGAGUCCCAACUGCAACCAGCGAUACGGCUGGCACCCUGCCACAGUCUGCAAGAUACCACCAGGCUGUAAUCUGAAGAUUUUUAAUAACCAGGAGUUUGCAGCGCUGCUGGCCCAGUCAGUCAAUCAGGGUUUCGAGGCAGUUUACCAGCUAACCAGGAUGUGCACCAUCAGAAUGAGCUUCGUUAAAGGCUGGGGAGCAGAGUACAGGCGUCAGACAGUAACCAGCACUCCCUGUUGGAUUGAACUUCAUCUCAACGGCCCCCUCCAGUGGUUGGAUAAGGUGUUGACCCAGAUGGGUUCACCCUCGGUGCGCUGCUCCAGUAUGUCCUAAACCAGGUCCUGCUGUUUCUGAAGCUAAUUCAAAUGACAUUUCACAGUGCUUGAACAGUAUGUCCUAAACAAGACCACCAUGCAGUCUUAAAUGAUGUACUAACAAAAAACAAAACACACAAAAAAAAAAAACAACCUAAUGGACCUGGAGGAAAAGAGAAUGAUGUCGCGAAUGGACAAUAGUGGAAUGUUAACAGAGAAGUCACUGUGGACCGGGCUCUGUUGGAUCAACGCGUGGCUGACGUUAUCGUCGACCUAAUAAUUGAGAUCACCCUGCAAUAUAAAGACGACAAGGCAGUGAUGUCAUAACGGACGAACCCAAAGCAGGACGGAGAUUUGCCGUUUCUCCUCGGACGACGCAGCAGCAGCUUUGGGAGUCGAGCAUGUGACCUCCCCGUUACUGGGCACGUCGUCCCAACCACUCGUUCAGCUCCACUACCUGCUCAACACAGGACAACUUUGUUUCAGUGUUAAUAUUUCCGUUUACACAAGGUUGACCAACAGUAGCACUGGCUCAUGUUGAAGCAAAGUCAGUUUCAGGCCUGGACAUUUUUUUUUUUUUUACUUGGUUUUAGUGACCAAAACAUCCAUUUCAUUUUAUCUCUGACGUUCCUCUUUCUCUUCCAGCCAGCCCUGUGUUGUUGUGAUCACUAACGCGACUCCACUGGACUGUACGGUCUUCAUCUCUCUAAUUAACCCAACAUGCCCCACCUUCACAUGAUCCCUUGCACAGAUACACUGUUAACACAGACACCACUUAACUUUGCUGUGGCGUAAAAGCUUCCUCUGAAAGAGUCGACUGAUCCCUUUCAGCCGUGCGAGUGCGGUGGAUCAUGAAACAAAGAACUGUGUAUUUUAUUCUUCUGUGAGGAGUUUUGAUUUUAACGUGUGAUCAGUGAUUACCUUUUAGAGAUAAUUGGAACUAAUAAGAAAAUCUCACAGCCAGAGGGUGUGACAUGUAACCCCUGGAAUAUUUAGGUUGGCAUUAAAAGUCAGCCACAGUCCCGUUAGCCCCUUCUUGUCUUUGAAAACCAGCAGUUUGUCCUUGCUCAGUUUCCCCCGCGCAGGGUCACUCAUAUUUGUAUCAUGUUAUUCAUGAAGAGGAGCUAUUUGUUGGACUUGAGAUCUACAGGAUCAAAACUAAAUGCAAUGCUUCACCGAUGCCUCCUUCUGUCAAACAGAUAAAAAGAUUAAAAAAAAAAAAAAACUAUCCAUCACCUAUGUUUCACAUAUGUAGAGAAUGCACAAGUCUCUCUUGAUGCUGAUGCACAGUUUUCCAAUUAUUGACAUUUUAUUGGUAGGAAAAGUCCUGGAGUGUUGGACUUUAAUUUAUAAAAAAAUGGCUUCUAUACUAUACUUGCACUGCCCCAAAAUUAUGCACCCUUGAGAAAGUUGCCUUUGAUGUAAGAUACAGCGAGAUAUGCUUUGAAUUGUACAGAUAGGAAUGUUAAAAAGCCCAAUUGAACUCGAGAUAAUCACGAAAGAAUCCCAAUAUUUUAGAAUAUUUUCUGUAAAGAGUCUGAAUUGGCUUAUUAAAGAGUCUCUCAAGCAUUCAUUUGAUUGAUUUUUAAUGCGCCCAAAUCUUUUUCAACUUGAAAGUAUUUAAGCUUUAAGUAUUCAAGAUAGUUAUACUACACAGUUAUUACUUUCUUCACAUGUUCUUUUAGCUACAUUUUUGUAUUUCCAUGUAUUUUUUAUAUAUAUAUAUAAAUAUAUUUAAAAUCUUCAAAGCUUUCUUCCUUUUUAUUAGAAUUCAAUAUUGUUUCUUAGAAUAUACCCUCUGUUGAAAUGAUUACAGCUUGACGAUUUGUGACAUGUAUGUAGCAUAGGAUUACCACUGAAAACUGUUCUUUAGUUAGAGUAGCGUGCUCAUCGACUGACGAGUUGCCACCCGCGUGUCUCCAAAACCAUUCGGCUACGACAAUUGGGGAAUUUUUCGAAUCUUCUGCUGUUAUUGAUCUUGAAAAAAAGGUAGUAUCUUGCCUUCUUGUGACCAAUUAUUUUUCAGCUCUGGGGGUGUGACCAAAGACUGAGUGCAGGUAUUGAAUUUUUAUUGGCUUAGCAUUUAAAUUAACCAAUGUAUUUUUUUUCGAUGCAAUUGCUCUGCGAAUGAAGAUGAAUAACCGGCUGAUGCUAAAAUAUGGUGAAGUAAUGAUUUGAUCCAGCAGCCGUCAUAGUUUUAACUGACAUUGGAAGGUGAAAUUGUUGAAUUCUGUCUUAUUUCACCAACCGAGGACAUUCCAGUGUGCAGUUUCUAAGCUGCCAGUUCCAGUACUGCGCCCAUCUGACUUUCAUAACUCCAUGUUUGUACACUGCUAAUUUACUGUGAGUAUGUUUACAUGCACACAUGACUUAUCCCAGUGGAGGCCUCUGUACUGUAAGUGUAUUCCUGACAUGUUUGUGUUCCAGCUUUGAAUACACGCAGACAACGUUACCAUUAAAUUGGGAUUAUAGGUGGGACAUGUAAAUAUAUGUUAAUGGGACUCGGUGUAUACUUCCCACGCUAGCUCGUGCUCUCACAUUCCUGUCUCUCCAAACAAAACUGACGACGCGCACGUUCACACAUUCACCUCUUUCUAUCGGAUUAUUCACUACUGACGACUUGAGGCGAGGGAGUUGUACAUUUAACCUGUUUGUUGUAGAACACGCAAAGUGAAAGAUGAAUGAAGGUUUAGUUUAUCAUUUUAAGGGCUGUUGUUUACUCGUGCAUAUUGUCAGCGUCCUGCAGAGACUUGCAUUUGGAAUCACACCGCUGUCGGAUUGCGUUGUUUUCUACUAUAGCACUGAAAGAUUGACUUUUUUUUUUUUUUAAUGAAAAACUCUUAAAACAAAUGCUCGUCCUGCAGGACGACCUGUCUUUUUAAUUUGAGCCGUGCGACUCAUGAACUAUACUUUUAUCAGCAUUCUAGUUCAUACUCACUUGUGACCAGACUGAAACCAGCCAAAUGAGGUGAUGUUUGUCUCUGUAUGUGUACUCUGUCCAACUGUCUUGUAUUUUUGCUGGUGUCUUUUUUUUUUCCUCUUCCAUUUACAAUGGAAAACGUUGACUGGACUUACCGAGGUUUGCACACUUUGAAAACAAAAACUGUAGUGUUUCCUUGUAUCCUUGAUAACUCACAUGUUUGUUCUAUGCAGUGACAUCAAAUAGUUUGGACUGUAUACACGCAAACGCAUCCCCAAUAACAAUUCCACAUAAUGUCUUUUCUGAUGGCUAGACAUGCCGUUUUGUGCUCAUUGCCAGGAUCCAGCAAAAGCCUUUGCAUCUGCUGUCUACAUUUUUCUCUUUUGUUUUUCUUUUUUGAAAUGUGUGCCACUUGUAUCCCAAAACCAAAAAAAAAAAAAGCCCUUCUCACAUUCUGAGGGAAUAUGAAACCAAAUAAGGUUUCAUGAAGGCUACUUCAAAACCCAUUCUGAAGGUCCACAUUCCUAUUUACGGAUCACAUACUGUAUUUUUUAUUUUAUUUUAAUUUUAAUUUUAUUUUAUUUUAUUCUUGUGUGUGAUGACAAUUGUGUAUCGCCAAAAAAGCCUCCUAUUGGUGAAUUCCUAGAAAGGUGGCUUUUUGGAGGAAGUGAAGUUUCUACAUGUCACUAGUGAUGUUAUAUGAUGUCAUAUAGUUGUAUUUUUAUUUUACCAUGCAUACUGUUCCUUUUGCUUGCUACCAAUAGAGCAUACUCCAUUAGACAGCGAUCUGUUAGGAUUUCUAUCUUCUUCAAACACUGAUGAUCUUCAUAGGCUUUCCAACUAUCUUACAUAUUCAACUUCUUACAGUGUACACUAAUAAAGCUGUUUUAAUUCAA